AUGGCUGCGACAGAUGAGCUCAAGCGCCAGCUUCUCGAAAUCGAACGACUUUGCGACCGCCCCGAGCCGCCUCCAUCGGGUUUCACGCCAGCAACGAGGACUCGAAAGAUCUGCGACAGUCAGUCAAUGCAGCCAGAGCAGCUUCAUCUGCUGGAGGCACUGUACCGCGAAGAGUUGGCCGUUGAGAACCGCCUGCAAGAGUCCGUACGUGCGAGGGCAACAACCGCACUGCGCGCUCAAGGAGGCAAGGCCUCGACGUGGGAACACACAGGAUCAACACUUCAGCGCGGUAUCCGUCUUUCAGCACAGGAAUGCGCUGAUGUUUUCCGCGGUCGUCAAGAAGCCCUCAAGCGCGGUGUUGACAACCUAACGUACGCUCGAGCCCUUGUGCCUCAGCCUCCAGCCUCCCUGCCACAAUUCGAGAUCCCAAAGCACGCAAGAGAGAUGCUAGAAGCUUACUACACCAAGUUUGGCCGGCCUGAGGAGAACGAAGUAUCGAUGUUGGCGUCUGCGCUUGACCUCGGAGAGGACGAUGUUGUCAAAUUUUACGACACAGUCAUCGACAACACGAUGGCUCAAGAAAAGAUGUCGAAAAUGCUGUUGAAGAAGAUCGGUCAAGAAAGCGCGAGACUGAGUCGCUGA